AUGUGUGGUAUAUGCUGCAUUCUGCAUCUGUGCGGGCGAGAGGACAUCCAUGACGCAACGGUAUGCAAAGGCGGCGACGUUGAUCGGGCGGCGAUUUAUCAGUCGUUGCAACGUCGCGGUCCGGAUGCAUUUGCAUCGCUGCAACUUGACGUUGCUUCUGGUGUCCGCGUGGAGGCGACUUGUGCCGUUCUGCACCUACGUGGUACUGUUUUUGGUGAACUUUGUGCUGCUGAUGGCGGCGGCAGCGUCAGCGUCAGCGGUGGGAUGCCACAGCCGGCGAUGGCAGCGCCUAGCUGCUCUUGUCCACAAACACCAUGCCUGUCGUUCCUUGAGUGGAAUGGUGAAGUGUUUGGUGGUGCGCUGCAGUUGCAUCCUGAGAUAUCCGAUACAACUGCCGUUCUUGAGCGCCUGCACCAGUUGGAGCAUAGCUUCGCGAUAAGUCUGUGCGACGGCUUCAAUGAAACAGAUAAUGCGCGUUAUGCGGCUGCUCUGACCGCGGCGCAGACCUCGUUUGCGGAGUCGUGUGUGCGUUUCUUUGAAAGUGACAUUGAAGGGCCCUAUGCUUUUGUGUACUACGCCCACUCGCUGCGGUUAUUUCUGUUUGGGCGGGACCCACUUGGGCGACGGUCCCUGCUUUUGCAUGUGUCCGCGGCCUCGCCGGCAAAGAUGGAGAAGGGCAAGAGCGGUGCCUUGGAGACAAAUUAUGUGGAGAUAGUGAUAUCUUCUGUUGCGGGUGGUCACCUGAAAUCAAGUUGCAUGCGAGGAGAGGCUAAGGGAGAGGGUAAUAAACGCGGGAGAGGUGGAUCAGACAACCGAGCUGAGAAAGGUGACGAGGAUAAGGACGACGAGAAGAACUCUGCCGCAUCGCUUUUUUCCUUUUCUUCUGGUUGCUGCUGGCAAGAGAUCCCCAACACGGGUCUCUUUGUCAUUGACGUGGCAGCGUCCGCACAGACCUCUCUGGUUUCUCAUUUUCCUUGGUCGAUGGCUCACAGUGUGCACCCACUAUUGCGCUUUCAAUCCCAGCCGCAGCCUAACCCAGGGAGAGGGCACUUGGGAAUUAACAAUGAAAAUACUGCGGAGGAGUGUCCUGCGAUCAUUCGAUGCCUUCUGCAGGAGAUUGGUAUGCUUUCCCUACCGCUGCUGCAGGACCCCAUUAGUUUCGACGUCGCCAUGGCCACCCGCUACCUUCAGUCUCUUUGGAAAGCCGUGGGGGUGCGUGUCAAGGCUGAGAACUGCGGUGCGGAUCCCACGCGACCGAUUGGGGUGUUGUUUUCCGGAGGCAUUGACUGCACCGUGCUGGCCGCGAUUACGCACUAUCUUCUACCUGUCACCACUCCUAUUGAGUUAAUUAAUGUGGCUUUUGGAGAUGCUCCAGAGCUUGCCCCUGAUCGGCUGGCCACAUUUAGAGCCUUUGAGCAGUUGCUGCAGCUGCCAACCUGCUUGAAAGAAGGCAAUCAGGAGACAUUCUGCGCGAGUGGCAGGGAGUGGCGUCUUGUGCUGGUGGAUGUCCCUCACAACUCCAACACGUCUUACAUUCGGAGCCUACUAUGCCCGGGAAACUCUAUUAUUGACAUGAGCAUCGGCACUGCAUUAUGGCAUGCUGCGCAAGGUUGUGGACGAAUGCAGCGUGUCUUCGCUGACGCUGAAAUUGCGCUUCGAAUGCGGUCAAGAACUCGUUCGUAUGGUCGUCAUAAAUUGUACCGGGUGUCAACUGCGAGGACGGCAGGUGCCCGUGAGUUGCAAGGGGCAAUUCCUACGCACAGUGACGCAGAUAACGAGGCGAAAUUUGCGCCUUUGCUUGAGGCUAUUAUUACCGAAUUGGAGGCCUUUAACGAGGAGCCCUCAUCUCCUGUGUUGCUGUCAACCUUGGGAAAAGAUCAUGAGGCCUCACUGCGUCCUGUGUUAUGCAAAUAUGGGUACAAAAAACUGGGGUCGUAUCUCAACGAUGCGUCCGCGGCCGGUGUGAUUGCCUUUGCUAGGCAUGACGAGGCGCCGUCCAAAGCCAUUCGUCUGGUGAAGCAGACGGAUAUGGCGAAAGUGCAGCGAGUGGCACCUGCAAAGUGGCUGGUCGACGAUGGCGAGUCGUCCCCGUUGGGGUCCUGCGUGGAUACCUACACCUGCGAGUCGCGUGUGUUGCUCCUCGGGAUGGGAGCAGAUGAGACGCUUGGCGGGUACGUUCGUCACCGCCGUGCCUUUGAGCGCCGUGGAGUGACGGGCUUGGCAGCGGAGCUUGACCGUGAUUUUGCACGACUGUGGAAACGCAACUUGGGGCGUGAUGACCGCGUGGUGAGUGAUAGUGGGAGGGAGGGCCGGUACCCCUACUUGGACGAAGAGGUGCUGGAAACACUUGGUUCAAUAGCCGCAGAGGCCUACCGACGCGCUACCGACACGACGUGUGCCACUGGCACUGGUAGCGUGGAGGCGGAGGCGGCGCUACAAGAGGCGCUCGCACCAGUCUGCUGUUUCAGCGCUGAAGAUGGCCCGCCUGGUGUGGGUGACAAGAAGAUUCUGCGGCUCUGUGCCUCCAUGCUUGGGCUCGGUGACGUGGUGCGGUUGCAGAAGCGUGCGAUUCAGUUCGGUUCCCGUGUCGCACAGGCCCAUGCUUGA